UAAACGCCAUUUUUCGGAGCUGUCAAAUCGCACACAUACACGGACAGAUACACGACGUAAACCUUUGCGCUAAGAAAAACUCGCGAAACAUCAAGCGGCAUCAGAAAAAACCGGAAAAAUCAAUAGUAACUACACAGAAAACACGAAAAAACAUAAAACAAAGGAAAUAUGUCUAUUGGCGUACCCAUUAAAGUCCUGCACGAGGCCGAGGGCCACAUAAUCACAUGUGAAACCAUCACCGGCGAGGUGUACCGCGGCAAGCUAAUCGAGGCUGAGGACAACAUGAAUUGCCAGAUGACGCAGAUCACGGUGACUUACCGGGACGGACGUACGGCUAGUCUGGAGAACGUCUACAUUCGCGGCUCUAAGAUCAGGUUCCUCAUUCUGCCGGACAUGCUAAAGAAUGCCCCGAUGUUCAAGAAGCAGACGGGCAAGGGGCUUGGUGGAACGGCGGGACGCGGCAAAGCGGCCAUUCUACGCGCACAGGCUCGAGGCAGAGGCCGAGGCGGACCGACUGGAGGUGGAAGAGGCACUGGAGGACCACCGGGAGCUCCGGGAGGCCCUGGCGGACGAGGAGCCUGGCAGGGUGGACCCACCGGCGGACGUGGACGCGGCGGCCUGUAGGAAUUUCCGUCGCAACAAUGCAUUUUUGAUAAUCUUUAAGCUGCGGGAUCUAUAUUUUAUAAACGGGCGGGCGAAACUUUAAACUUGUGUGAAGUAUUUUAAAGUCAAUAGCAAAGAAUACAAAGUGAAAUUGAA